UAGAGCUCAGGCUCUGGCUCGGCUGUGUGUGGAGGUGCCACACUGUACAUUACUGCAGGGACACAGCGCUUCUCCCAUUAUGGGCGACAAGAAAAGCCCAUCCAGGCCAAAAAGACACUUUAAGCCCUGUGCAGACGACGGAUUUUGGGACUGUAGUGUCUGCACGUUCCGCAACAGCGCCGAGGCGUUCAAGUGCAGCAUGUGUGAUGUGCGCAAAGGCACGUCCACAAGAAAACCUCGGCUAAACUCACAGCUUGUGGCACAACAGGUAGCGCAGCAGUACGCUACCCCUCCUCCAGCAAAGAAAGACAGAAGAGAAAGGACGGAGAGAGACGACCACUACGACAUUGAUAACUCAGACUCGGACAGGCCGAGCAUAGACAACUCUGACUCAGACAGACUGGGACCAGACAGUAACCACUUGGACAGAAUACAUAUUCAAAAGGACAGGAGACCGGAGCGUGUCGGUUUGGAUAAACCUGAGGUUGUCCAAACGCCACUGGAGAAAAAGCCAGAGAGACCCAUACUAAGCCAAGAACUGCACAGAGAACUAAUGGAUAAGAUUCAACCACAAAAGCAACACACAGAAAAAGAGCAUCACACAGGUGGAUCCGGGACGCAACCGGCCGAGAAGGAGGAGAUGAAGAAAAGCAAAGUGGAAAAAACAGUGGGAGACAAGAACAAAGAGAAGGAAAAAGGUCUUGGGUCCAGCAAAAAGCCCACUACAAAGAAGAUGAAGCCUAAGCUCCUUAAUAAAGGUCCCCCUAGUGAAAGAAGCAGUAUGAAGUCUGGCAAAUCAGCCACUAAAAGCAACAAACCCUUAAUUUCAAGGCCUAAGCUGAAAAACAUAGACCGGAGUUCUGCGCAGCAAUUAGCUAUUACGGUGGGCAAUGUUACAGUCAUCAUCACAGACUUUAAGGAGAAGACACGCUCCUCCUCCACCUCCUCAUCCACGGCCACUUCCAGUAGUGGUGGCUCUGAACAACAGCACCUGAGUUCCAGCUCGGAGAGCACGGACAGAGGCUCGUCCCGUGCCUCUACACCUCGCCAAGAUCUAUCCUCCGCUGUACACAAUGAGCCCCUCUGAGGAAGUUGGAAGACCAAAAUCCUCUCACACACCUUCAUAAUGCACAAAUAGAACUUUUAUACUAAGCAUGAAAAGAUGAAGGAUCAUCAUGCAUGGAGACUGUUUCCAUCUUGAUAAUCGAUGACACGAUGUGCGCUGUGUUUCAAUACUGUUUUAACACACCCUUCUUGACUCCCCCACAUUGUGUAACUGAAGUGUGUAAUUUGUGUGUCACACGAGUGACCUCUUGCAGCGCUGAAGGAGGACGGUGUAGCAGGGAGAGGAUUUUUCAGCCGGAAUGCCCAACGUAGUUGAAGUGAUUUUCUUGGCAGUUUGUAUGGUGUGUUUUCUUUGAACUAUGUAUAUUCGAAUCAGCUUGGUAACUAACUAGCAUGCUGAUGAGCUGAUUUGCUAAAUGUUUGCUAAUUAUUAGGGGAUUUUUUGCUCCUGUUCUCAAAUAUAAACAGCUUCAUUUUCAGAUUUUGCUUCUUUUGAGAAGGAAAUUGCAUCAAAUUGCAGUGUCACCAGAUGUCUAGCCAUGUAGACUCACACAUGUCCACUCUCACAUGCUAUACCUGGGAACCUUGUUGGUAAUUUACUGGGUUAAGAAUGAAUUUUAAUUCUGGGUAGCCUGACACUACCUUUUACCAGGUAGAACCUCUUACAAAAGCUGAAACAUUACUGAUUAAGACGUGCUGUGCUUACACCUAUCGAGGUGUAUGAUUUUAAACUUUACCACAGUAAAGAGACAGUAGGAAGAGAUUAAAGUUAACUAAGAGGACUACAGAUGACUUGCAAGUCAUGCAAAUUGGAGCGAUUCAUAAAUUAAGAAGCUGGUGGUCACACAUACCAAGGAUGAAAUUAUCUAAGCAAUUAGAUUAAGUGGUCAUUUAUUAAUAAAUCAUUAUUAAUAUGGCCGAAAAUGGAUACCAGACCUUGGACAUCCUAGUCUUCAAACAGUGAGCAUUAAUAAAAAAUUGCUUCUUGAAGUCGGCUAUGAAAGGCUCCAGUUUUCUGAGAAGGCUUUCCAACAAAAUUUAAAGUGUUUCUGUGCUAUUCUAUAGAAAAAAAGCAUUUCUGAGGUCAGACACUGAUGUUGGACGCUGAAGAAGAAACGUGUUUAAUGGGGUACGGCUCAGGACCCUGUGCAGGCAACUGGAGUUUGUCUACAUCAAACUCUUAAAACCAUGACUUUAUUGACCUUGUUUUGUUCACGGGGCACAGUCAUGCUGUUACCAAAAUGUUGGAUGCAUAUUAUUUGUUAUCAAUAACUGUUAUCAAUGGGGGGUGGGGUCGAAAUAAUUUUGCCCAUGUAGUGUACUUUCCACUAAAUCCAUUGUACUAGCGACUCACCAUAUGUUACAAAUCAAGUGUAACAAGUCUUUUAAAUCAAAUGUGUGACUAGGUGUAUCUUACUAAAUAUCAUUUGAAGGCUACAAGUGCAGAUAAUGCAUAAGAAGGAUGUUACCAAUAGAGAAACCUGUACUGUCCUAGAAUUUCACUGUUGAAGAUACUUAACAAACCACACCUGGGCUAAUAAAGUACUGCAACAGCCCUUUAAAGGGCAACAGGGAUUUCGCCAAGUGGAAGUGGCAUUUAAGUAAAACCCUCAUUACGUUUUAUGUCUACCCUUAUUUUCACGCUGACGCUUAACUGCUGGUCUCUUGACUUUAUAAACGAAGUCCAACUGGGGUUUGUAACUGUAGACUAUUGGUAUGUUUAGGCUGAACCUGGACAGCGAUAAAUUAAAACUUGGCAACCUGGCAACUCAAUAAUGCAUGCUCUCUCUUUAGAUGAUAUAUUUUUCUGUGCAGAUGGAUGUCAUACAUUUAUUUUUUAACCCCCAGUAAACUAGUUUUAGCCAUAUACAAAAAAGCCCAGUAUUGAUUAAAAAAAAAGCCCUGCUGAUUUAAGUACUGGUUACUGAUUGUUCAUGCACUAACCAAACAUGCCUGAAAGCCAAUGACAAUAAUGACAUUUUUCUUAGGCAUAUUAUCAAUAUCACAUCCCAUAAUGUCUUUGCCCCUGUAAAUUGUUUGUCUUUCAUAGGAACAAACAUUGAAUAGAAAGUAAAUGUAUUAUAUAAUUAAAUACUGUUAAACUAUAACAUAAAACGUCAAGUGAGAGUUACCAUGUUCAACUCUGACUAGGUCCUUAGCUUCUCUUUAUGUUGACAAAAAAUGAAAUUGUCUUUUUUGUCUUUUUGCAAUUUCUGAUCAUUCAUUGGUGUAGACAGUUCUCAGUGACAGUUGUAAUAAUGUCUAGCCCAUUAACCGUAAUUAAUAUGUAAUAAAAAAUGGCUAUAUCAACUUAGUGCACUACUAAUAGUAAUAAUGCAUAGCAUCAUAGAGAAUCACAAUGGACGUUAAGUUGCUCCUGCAUUUGUGAAGAAAAGUGAACAAUGAUAUGCUUAUGUUGUGUCCCCAAGAAGACACAACCAAAAGCAUAUUGAAAUCUCUUUAUUCCCAUUAACAGAUACAGGCAUAAAUUGUUCAUAUAAACAGUUCACAUUUAAAACUUUUGGAGCAUACAUGAACACUAAAUGAACCAUUAGGUGCAUUCAAUUAAAUGCAAUAUUAGCGGCCACUAAAUAUAACCCAGUGGUUGUUUUUUUUUGUCCCAGAUGCAUUCUCAGUACUAAUAAAACAGUGUUUUCCAAAAGGACAAGUUUUCUUAGAAAUUCUCUGAAACACCAUGGACAGUGUUUCAGAGAAGCUUCAGUUUUAAGUUCCCUAAAAUGUUUUUCAUGUGGGUGGAAGGACAAAACCCAGAGAAAGAACUGUGUUUUUAAACAUGUGAAGAUCCCAGUGCAAUGUUCUGACAAAAAUAGAAAACAUGCUUCGGAUUUUUGGAAAACAAUGACUGUAUUUUUGAACUGUGACAAAUGUAAUACAUGACUGAACUGAAAAAGCAAACUUGACCGAACUAGAAAUCUGUUGUUCUAGGUGCUAAUGAAUUUAACAGCAGAUUAUAUACUUGGACAUAGGAUCGAUAGUAUGGGAAACUCUUGUGAAUAAUGUAGAGGGAUUGGAAACACCUUUUUAGAAUUCAGUCAGUGAUAGAUAUUCAUUCUGUUGAUGUAACAAUUGUUUAUUAAGAGACGUACCUAUAAAUGCUAUUGCUAAGUUACAGAGCUUGGCACACAGUCACACUUGUCAAGUUGCUGUGAGUCAUGUAGGCAACUAUCAAAACUUUAUUAAAGUCAUUAUUGGCCUCACAGCAUCAUUAAACUGUUGGUGUGACCUUUAUAGAUAAAAUGUCUUUAAAUGUACUUACUUUGUGCAAGCAAUUCUGUUCUUGUGUCUGAUGGGUAACCUUAAUUUACUAUGUAAAGAUGGUUACAUGUAAGGGAUCAUUGUCUAAUAGAUUAACACUAUAAAUUUUUGUGGUGUAUUGGAUAUAACAGUUCCUUUCUUGUACUUUUUUCGCAUCCUAUUCCAGUAUUGUGUGUUAAAAUAGCAGUUAUUACAUAUGCUGUUCUCUCUAUGCUGCUGGGUUGAUAAAGUCUGGGUUGGUGAAUCCUGUUUGUAGCAUAGUCUUCAUUUAAAUAAAGUUAACACUCUUUGUUUAAUCUUGUAGGGUUUAAACUUUCUGUCAUGGUCUAAGGUUUAGUGCGGUGUAGCCUAGACGUUGUUUCAUUUACAUUUUCGGCAUUUAGCAGACGCUUUUAUCCAGAGUGACUUAGAGUACUGUGACAGUAUAUUAUCUAAGCAAUUAAAGGUUAAGGUCCUUGCUCAAGGGCCCAACAGUGGCAACCUGUGUGGUGGGGCUUAAACCAGCAACCUUUCAAUACUAGUCUAGUACCUUAACCACUAGGCUACAACUGCCCUAGUUUCCCUUUAUUGCUAGUUUAGUUGAUGCAGUCUGUAAGUGCAGGUUUGCAACACAAGGGAGGAUUACUGACUGAUGUGAUCCUUCUAAACAUUGUUUCCCUGCUUGCACUCACAUGAUCUCUCUUCUACUUUGUUGGCAGUAAACUGUCAGUGUUGACAAGGAAAGCCAAGCUUGAAGAUUAAAGAUUGAAAGUCAGUUGCUAAUAUUUGCUGUUGUUCUAUCCCGUUUUCUUUUUUAAGACAACCUAAUGCAGAAACCUUGUACACAUUCGUCAACAUUCCCUGUGUCUGCAGUGUUCUCUGGUCCAGUUUUUACACUGAUGCUGAAACCUUACAGCUGUUCAGUGAACUAAAUAGAAUGGUCAUGAAACAGAAUCCAUGCUAUAAACUGGGACUUUUCGUAGCUUAGUCAGACUUUGAACCCACCAUGAACCUAAGGAUAAAGUCGUUUUUGAAGUUGACUAAAGGGAACAAGAAAACCUUUUGCCAUAGUCAUUCAGUCACUGGUAAACCUAUAGGUUAACACCAUGCUCUGUAGAAACAACAAGAAACUAAGACAAACAUGAGCAUGCAGCCCAGAGAUUAAACUACUGUGAAGACCUGAAGAACUUUGUAAAUCCUUCUGCUAAAAGCCAGCUGGAUUAUCUGAUAAUAAAACAAAUUGUGCUGGAAUGGGUCAACCUGACUUUGGAAGUAGUGAGUGCUCUGUAUAAAGAACCCUCUUGACUCUUGUAGGUGGUGUCUGAGGCCUGAAUAAAAAAGCUGAAAACUCUAUA